GUCAGCUGCGAAGUUCAUAAACCGACGACAUCCCCCACACAUCUCAGGAAGCAAACUCAAAGACCUCCCACCAUUAUGUCGCUCACACUCUACGACCUCAGUGUCCCAAUCCUGGUUCGCAGCCUCGAGAAUCUCAAGGGAGUUCUCCAGAAGGGCGAGCAGUGGGCCAAGGACAAUGGAAAGUCCGAGAGUGAGCUUCUCGAAGCCAGAAUCGUCGACGACAUGAAGCCUUUGACCUUCCAAAUUCAAACCUGCAGCGACACAGCCAAGGGCAUCCUUUUCCGCAUUGGAGGCGAAGAGAACACUCCAAUGGAGGACAACGAGAAGUCGUUGGCUGAUCUAUACGCCAGAAUUGACGCAACCGUGAAGAUUCUCAGAGCUGCGAAGAAGGAGAAGUUUUCGGCACCUGAUACGAAGUGCGUGGUCAAGAUGGGCCCACACGAAGCUGAGUUCACCGGAAUUGGCUACCUCCAGAAAUUCGUGAUCCCGAACUUCUUUUUCCAUUAUGCCACGGCUUACGACAUCUUGAGAUCCAAGGGUGUGCCGGUCGGCAAGAGCGACUACUUGGGAGGAAAAGAUCUUACCACCUGGGAACUUUAAGACGAAGUAGUUCCAGGACAACGAGGAGUACUCUUAAGGAGGAAUCUCUGAACAGACCUGCUUUCAUGUAUUCGUACCAUCGGAUGCUAGCUCGCUCCAGCCCGGUUUCUAAAAAAGAAAGCUUAGUACUGGUACCUGAAAUUCUUAUUCUGCUUAUCGGUCA